AAAUUAUACAAAUGAAGCGUAAGGCUAGGAAGAGAGUCCUAAUGACUGACCUUGAAGUCAGGAUGUUCAAGAAGGCCCCGUCUUGACACCCUAGGAGGUUCAGGAAAAGAAGUUCUAAAUUUAUCAAUUUUGAAUGAUCUACUCCUCACCAUAUCAACCAAGGUAUGAAAAAUAUGACACUUGAAUCAACUGAAACUGGGCCUCAGAUCAAGGAGAGAACCUCUGAAUUUGAGUCAAUAAUGAAGUUAAAUUAUGAUGCUAAUAAUAUCCUUCAAUCAAAUCAAAACAUGUUUAUGGAAAUAUUCCAAAAAGAGUUAGACCAUUACAACGAGCCUGACUUCAAAUAAGACGCAUAAGAGCACCAUUUCUCACAUUCAAUCAAUAAACGGUAGCCCUAAGAAAAUCAAGAAGCUAAAAAACACCACUAACUUCGUUGCAAAAGCAACUCCUUUAAGCACAAACAUGUUCAAGAGGACAUUUACCUCUACAAGCCCAAAAUCAUCCAAAAUGAGGCUAAACAAAGUCAAAAGCCACCCAAUCCUCGGCAUCCCCAGUCCACUUCCAGCCCCUAAGCCUAAAACAACUGAGGUUUCCAAAUAAGCCUGAAGUUAAAGAAUCCAAAAUCUUAAAGCAAUUUUCGAGACCAAGAAACCACGCUGCUAUCAGUAAGAUGAUAAAAGGGUUGUACCAAGGAUUAGAGAAAGCACCUCUUCUAAAGCUAAAGUUAUUACACAACAACAAGAAAAUUUUAAACAAGAGACAACAGAGACCAAAAUCUGUUGCAAAAACAAUUUCUUGUGCUACCAGACCUAUAACGCACCAAGGAAAUAGGCUUAGAAUAAAAUCACAAGCUCGAUCCAGAAACACCAACUUUACUAAAUCCUUGAAACUCCAAUCACAGAAGUUCUUAUUUACAUGCAAAAAUAUAACAAUUCAAUAAAAA